GGUACGGUAAGGGGCUAUAGUUGAGCGAACGUGAGUGAGCUAGGCCUUAGACCUAACUCUCCUCUCCUCACUGUAUUUAUUUUUAGACAGUUGAUAGGCUGUUCGGGACAACCUCGGUUUAAGCUGAAUCUCUUAGUUUUUUUCAGUUUUUGUGCUUAUGCUAUUUUUUUUUAAAUAUAUUUAUCGGAUUCAUUCUACUUUUAUAAUCUUACUGAGUUGUGAUUUUAUUGGUCCCCAGUGAAAAUUCGUCAUCGUUUCGCAAAAAUGGAUUAACGGAGGAGACCUUGGAAUUUUGUAAGUGCAAGGAAAAUUUCUUUCUGCUUCUGUGUGUGAUCGAUUCCUAGAGUUACAUCCCGGACAAGACGACUAUGGAGGGCACCCGAGCUAAUGACCAGCACCCCGGAGAAGGGGCCGUGCUAAGGGGCUGUGGGCAUUGCCCCCGCGGCGUAUGUACCCUUUGGGGAGCCGGCAAUAUGAGCCAAUACCCCCGAGCUUCUCAAUGCAGCAAUGGAGCCCCAAAUUAUUCUAUGUCGGCCAAAGUGAAUUCACAGUGCUUCCGAAGGAUUACUUCAGCAACAAAUAGCAAACUUUACCGAAAAGACUGCCGACUGAAUUCUAAAAGGACAUCCCUUCAAUCGGAUUCACCAUUUUUUAUUUUAUUUUGCCAGUCCAUCUUUCUUCUACGAUGUUUAAUAUACGUAUUGCCUUACGUGAUUUUAGUAACUUUCCCAGUUCCAUCGCGGAAUGUUUUAAUUUGGAUUUGGAUACGGCGUUGGUACAGAGUGCGAGAAGCGGGGAGCAUGUUCGGAUAUGCCGUUGCUCUGCACAAAUCCUCUCAGGACGAGACCUCGUUAUUAGUAGGGGCACCAAAAGCUAGAACAGCGCAGCCUGGAGUCACGCGAGGGGGCGCUGUAUACCGGUGCGGCACGUCACGUGGUAUUGGCUGCGCGCAAAUGGAUUUUGAUUAUGAAGGUAACGAAAAGAAAUAUAACGGAUCAUAUUUAGUGGAUAUAGAAGAAAAAUCGAACCAGUGGUUUGGAGCGACUGUAGUUAGUCACGGAGAUCUCAUUGUGGCCUGCGCUCCUCGGUAUGUCUAUCACGCCCAAACCCUGGACAGGAAGCAGUUAGUCGGAAAUUGCUUAGCCUCAGAGGAUUAUGGGAGAACGGUGAAGGCCGAGUAUUCUCCCUGUAAAAGAGCUGUGGAUAACAGUAAUAGUUUGUACAUAGAUCAACAUGACCAGCAUGGCAAAUGUGAACUGGGCUUUUCGGCAUCUAUCAGUUUGAACGGGAAAAGAGUUUUGCUUGGAGCUCCAGGAACGUGGUUUUGGCAAGGUCAAGUAUUUAACUUCCGUACAGAUCCUGGUGCACGCGCCUCUGUGGCAACACCGGAAGGGAAAGCCGAGGAUGACUACGGAUUUAUGGGAUAUGACAGCGCUGUAGGAGAGUUUGACGGGGAUGACAUAGACGAUUACGUCGUCGGUGUCCCUAGAGGAGAAGCACUGUUAGGAAAGGUUACUGUGUACACACAAGCCCUAAACGUCAUCAAAGAAUUUCCAGGAAAACAGUAUGGGGCAUUUUUUGGAACAGCAGUGGCGGCCAGUGACUUUAACAAUGAUGGACUGGACGAUAUAGUCGCAGGUGCCCCUCAAUAUUCUGAUUACAAAUCUUCCAAAUCCUUCGACAAAGGAGAGGCCUAUGUGUUCUAUCAAGAGGAGCCAAAGUUUGAAUCAUUUCGCGAACAAGUAAUCGAAUCUCCUGUAAUACGAGGACGGUUUGGAGACGCCAUGGCUGCCUUAGGGGAUAUUAACAACGACAAUUUUAAUGAUCUUGCCAUUGCGGCGCCAUACGGAGGUAAAGAGAGGCGAGGAGUUGUAUAUAUUUAUCACGGAUCUCAAAACGGGCUCAAGCCUAAAAUUUCUCAGGUAAUUCAUGGAGCAGAUGUUGACUCGGGUCUGCGGUCAUUCGGCUAUUCAAUCUCAGGGGGACUCGACAUGGACGGCAAUUUCUACCCAGAUGUCCUUAUUGGUGCCUACGAAUCGGAUAGAGCUGUGCUAUUGAGGAGCCGUCCAAUCGUGAAUGUGGUAUCUGAUCAAGCAAUGUUUCCACUCCUGGUCAAUCUUGAACUACAGAAUUGUAUUCUCCCAAGCACAGGGGCCAGACUGGCGUGCGUGUCGUUCGAGACGUGUUUUGCAGUAUGCCUUUCGACUACAGUGGAGAUAGACAGCAUCAAACAACACUCCAAGAGAGCUUUCAUCGAAGAGAAAGGCAAAUUCUUAACUUCCAAGAAAGAACGCUUACGAGAUCAUCCAAAAUACCAGAAAUGGUGUAAAACCUUCACCGCAUUCCUUCGACCGGAUUUCCGUGAUCUGCUAACACCAAUCGCUAUGGAGUUCAAGUAUGAGCUGAUCCAAAGGAAGGAUCCACGGAAAGAGCGCCUGAUUCCUAUCCUGGAUAUGUACAGUCCUAACCCAAUCAAAACACAGGCUCAGAUUUUGAAGAACUGUGGAGAGGAUAACAUUUGUAUUCCUGAUUUGGCGUUGUUUGCGGAAACCGCUACAAAGGCUCAUAUUUUGGACAGCGAAGACGCCACGAUAGAGUUCUCCGUGACCGUGGAGAAUCGUGGCGAAGACGCCUUUGAAUCGCUACUCUACAUGACUCUCCCCAACCGUGUGUUUUUUAACGGAAUGGAGCCUGUCAAAACUCCGGACUCCGUGAUCGUCAGCUGUAGCAGUGUGACAACGAACAAAGGUGGCCUUGACAUAGAUAUAAUCAUCUGUGACCUUGGGAACCCCCUGCCCGCUUUUCAGAAGGUUGAUCUCAAAAUAAAGUUAUCACCAAAAUAUGUCAGUGGAGAAGACGGCAAUCUUAAUUUCACCAUCCUUGUGAACAGUACGAACCCAGAAAACAAAACUCAUCUGACAGACAACAUCGUAACACGAGAAAUCCCCAUUACUGCGGUCGCCAAGGUCGACCUGACCGGGUCUCCGUCUCCGGAACAAGCCACUUACAACUCUACCGAUACACAGAAAUCGACUCACCUGUCCCAUAUUUACCUGUUCCGUAACAAUGGUCCCAGCAGAGUUAAAACAGCCCAGGUUCAGAUUCUAUGGCCUUCAUUUCACCAGCAUGGGUUAGAGGUUUUACCUCUCGUGGGUCUGCCCUCCAUAUCUCGGGGGGACGGGAAAUGCAGAGUGAUCACCGUGGAUCCGAAAAACAACACCGAUGAUCGUUAUUUGUUCAAGCGGAGGUUCAAAUCGGACGACCCGCGCUUUGAUAACAACGAUGACGAUGAAGAGGUUAAACCUCUGAAACUGCGGUGCCGCUCUGGUUGGUGCACUCUGAUCACAUGCACAAUAACCAAAAUGCCUAUCGACAUCCGGGACAGUGUAAAGAUAAACGUCACAGCUAGACUGUCCAAUAGGGCGAUCGCUAGUAUUGGUCACAAAGGGGCAGUAAUCGUUCAGUCGGACGGUCUGGCCAAAGUUAUCGCCCUUGACUAUGAACUUGACCUUGAUGAAACUAAGUAUGACACGGAUUCCUAUAGCGUGAUCACGGAUGUGAACUCGCUGACAUUUGUAUCCCCGCCCGAGCGCGUGCCAAUCUGGAUUGUGGGCGUGGCUAUCGCUGUCGGACUGCUACUCCUCAUUCUCCUCAUCCUGCUGCUUUGGAAGCUCGGAUUUUUCAAGAGAAACAGACCUGACUCGGGUGUUCCUGAAAACGAACCUUUGAACGAGAACGGAAAAUAAUUCAACUUUGAGGGAAGAUGUGAUGGGUCCAGUCCACACUACCACAACAGCUGAAUAAAGAACC